AUGGAGAAAGCCACGACAGAUACAUACACUCACGUUGAGCACCGUCUCGUUGCGCCAACCACAUCCCUAGGGGACAAUACCCUCGGGGUCGAUGAUGAAGCCCUUUCAAAGCUUUCCGCCGAGCUUCCUGAUUUUGCCAACCUCAUAGAGAAGGCCCAGCGAGCCUCAAAUUUUGAGCAUAAUUUGACAAACCGGGAUGCGUUCAAGCUGUUCCCAAAAGCGAUUUGCUUCUCCUUUAUCCUGUCCCUCGCGGUCAUCAUGGAAGGAUACGAUACUUCCCUUCUAGGCUCCUUCUAUGCCUAUCCAACCUUUCGAGAGAAAUUCGGAGUCAAGACACCAAACAACGGCUACCAGGUCACCUCGAACUGGCAGACUGGUCUGCAGAAUGGAACAAAUAUUGGACAGAUUCUUGGCCUCAUUGCAGCUGGUCUGAUUGCUGAUCGGUGGGGCUACAAGAAGACUAUGCUGGGUGCCCUCGUUGCCCUAAUUGGCGCCCUUUUCCUUAUGUUCUUCGCCCAGAAUAUCAUUAUGUUGCUCGUCGGAGAAGUCCUCUGUGGUAUUCCUUGGGGGGCAUUCCAAACCCUUACAAUCACUUACGCCGCGGACGUUAGCCCGAUCGUUCUUCGGCCAUACCUGACCACUUAUGUCAACCUUUGCUGGGUCACCGGCCAAUUUAUCUCAGCUGGAGUUUUGCGUGGACUCUUGAGUCGCACUGACGAGUGGGCAUGGCGCAUUCCUUACGCCAUUCAGUGGAUUUGGCCAGUUCCAAUUCUCAUCGGCGUUCUUUUUGCGCCUGAAUCGCCUUGGUGGUUGGUUCGCCAUGAUAGGAUUGAAGAAGCAAAGCGCUCACUGAAUCGACUGGCGACUCCCCGCGACUCGAAUUACAGUGUAGACGAUGCUGUCGCGCUGAUCAUCAUUACUAACGCACAAGAAAAGCUCCAUCGAGAGGGGGUCACAUACUGGGAUUGUUUAAAAGGGGUCGACCGCCGUCGCACGCAAAUCGUCUGCUGCGUCUGGAUGUGUCAGGUCUUUUGUGGAAUCUGGUAUGGUGGAAACAUAGUCUACUUCCUCGAACAAGUCAGCUUCACUGAUGCUCAGGCAUUCAGCUUUGGACUUGGUGUCAACGGCAUUGGCUGGGUUGGCACUGUGUGCUCCUGGUUCGUGAUGCAGAAAGUUGGCCGCCGGAAGCUCUUUGUGACGGGUCUGGGCAUCAUGUUCACUAUCUUGAUGCUAGUCGGGUUCCUUGGGAUUCCAAGCCAUAACACACCCGCUUUGAGCUAUACAUCUGCAGCUCUACUGAUGAUUUUCGUCUUUACCUACGAUCUCACUGUGGGUCCUGUCACCUAUUGCCUUGUUUCUGAAAUUCCGUCUACUCGUCUUCGAAUCAAGAGUGCGGUUCUCGCUCGCGACUGUUAUAACGUCGCCAGUAUCGUGGCUAACUUCUUGAACCCUCCUAUCCUUAACCCCACCGCCUGGAAUCUCAAGGGGAAGGGUGGGUUUAUCUGGGCAGGACCGUGCUUUAUUUGCUUUGUAUGGGCAUUCUUCCAACUGCCGGAACCGAAGGGCCGGACCGCUCCCGAACUUGACAUUUUGUUCGAGAGGAAGGUCUCGGCUAGGAAGUUCUCUAAGUUUGCGGUCACUCCUUUCCGCUCUAACAACCUAGAGGUUGUCUCAGAGAGUGCCGCUCUGACUGAGAAUACUAGCCUUCUCGAACAGUCUUUGAGUGGUUCCAGCCAACCACUCUAG